AUCAAAAUGGCAGGUCACUUUUCAGAGUUUGGCUUACUGCCUGAAAUUUGCAAGGCAGUUGAGGACAUGGAAUGGCUUCUUCCAACAGAUGUACAGGCUGAAGCCAUUCCUCUCAUUCUUGGAGGUGGAGAUGUUCUUAUGGCAGCAGAAACUGGACGUGGAAAAACUGGAGCAUUUUCUUUACCUGUGAUUCAGAUUGUACAUGAGACAAUAAGAGAAGCACUAACUGGCCGGAAGAGCUCCAGACCCACAUCUGCUGCACCAUCAGAUGUGCCAACUAAGUUCAAAAUGAAUGUAUUUGAUCGAGAUCAGGACUUUGCUAUUGAUGCCAAAGGUUAUCUGUGUCAGAGUCGCGAUCAUGAUAAGUGGCAAGGAUGCCGUUCUACUUUGGGAGUGAACAAAGGAAUGUAUUAUUAUGAAGCAACUGUCACAGAUGAAGGACUCUGUCGAGUGGGAUGGGCAACAGACUUGGCUUCACUAGAUCUUGGGACUGACAAACAGGGGUAUGGAUUUGGAGGCACUGGGAAGAAGUCAUUUGGAAGGGAAUUUGACACUUAUGGGGAACCAUUUGGAAUUGAGGACACAAUUGGAUGCUAUAUUAAUCUUGACAAUGGUUUUGUGAAAUUUAGCAAAAAUGGUGUGGAUUUUGGCAAGGCAUUUGAAAUUAGUCAAAAUCUUCAAGGAAGCACAUUCUUUGCUGCAGUUGUGUUAAAGAAUGCAGAGCUCUUAUUCAACUUUGGUGAUUCUCCAUUUAAAUUCCCUCCCAGAGGUGGAUAUGCAGGAUUGUCCAAGGCAUCACCUAGUGCUGUGAGUGCCUCUAACAUCAAUGGAGGUGCAUCAGCCUCAGGAAAGACCAAACCUGGCAAGUUUAAUAACAAGUGUAGUCCAUCAGCUAUUAUAAUGGAGCCAUCAAGAGAAUUAGCUCAGCAGACCCAUGAUCAGAUAUCACUUUUCAGGAAGCACUUACCAACACCACAAGUCAAAGAGGUGCUUUUAAUUGGAGGAGAGAAUAUAAAGACGCAAAUUCAGACACUGAAUGAGGGGGUGGACAUCUUGACUGGAACACCAGGAAAGCUUGAUGAUUUUAUUUCAACUAAUAAAGUUAGCCUUUCUCAGGUUCGCUUUUUCAUUUUAGAUGAGGCGGAUGGUUUACUAGCACAGGGAAAUCAAGAGCUAAUCAUGAGAAUCUUUAACAAGAUUCCUAAAAGAAGCCCUGACGGUAAACGAUUACAGAUGAUCGUGUGUUCGGCAACCCUUCAUUCUAUAGAGGUGAAAAAGUUAGCUGAUAAAAUUAUGCAUUUUCCAACCUGGGUGGACCUCAAAGGAAAGGAUGCUGUUCCAGAGACUGUUCAUCAUGUGUUCUGUCGUGUGGAUCCAAGGGUGGACACUUCAUGGCAACAACUCAAAUCUGCGGUUAAGACUGAUGGAGUUCAUGCAGAGGACAAAACAAAGUCAGGCAGUCAGAGCCAAGAAUCCUUGUCUGAAGCAGUGAAGAUUUUGAAGGUUGGUUACCUCGUUAAAGCUAUCCAGGAACAUAAAAUGGACCAGGCCAUUAUUUUCUGUCGCACAAAACUGGAUUGUGAUAAUGUGGAAAGAUAUUUGAUAGACUUGGGCGGAGGUCCAAAUGCCAUGGUCAACGAGUAUUCAUGUGUGUGUCUCCAUAGUGACCGACCUCCAAAGGAAAGAAAGGCAAACUUAGAGUCGUUCAAGGAUGGCGAGGCAAGAUUCCUUAUCUGCACUGACGUGGCAGCGAGGGGUAUCGAUGUAUCUGGUGUACCUUUUGUCGUGAAUGUGACAUUUCCAGACGAUAAACAAAACUACGUGCAUAGAAUUGGAAGAGUAGGAAGAGCACAAAGGAUGGGUCUGGCCAUUUCACUAGUCUCAGAAGUUAAAGAAAAGGUAUGGUAUCACACUUGUCCCAAUCGUGGUAAAGGAUGCUCUGACACACGGCUUAGGGAUCAUGGGGGCUGUGCAAUAUGGUACGACGAGAAAGAGUAUCUCGCGGACGUGGAGGAUCAUCUAAAAGAGACGAUCUCUUGUAUUGAACCCAACAUGAAAGUUCCUCAUAACGAGUUUGAUGGUAAAGUAACUUACGGCAAGAAACGCCGUGCAGCGGGAUUCAUCUUUGAGUCGCACACCGCUGAACUUGCGCCCUCAGUUAGGGAACUGGCAGAAAUGGAGUACAAGGCGCAGACGUCCUUUUUAACUUUACAGCACAAACAGUGGAUGAAACACUAAGAUACUCUGAUGAUUAGUCUACGAAACACUGCCUGAGAUACACUGUGUUUGCCUUGAAGUACUCCCCACUUCAGUUGUACUUAAAAAUACAUGGAGUGUUCAAGUUGGGGAAAGUUUGAAUCGCACAGCUCGAAAUUAACCAGAGGAAAAUAGAGACAUUUCAUACAAAGCUUGAAAUACUUAAAAAAAAUUAAAAUACUUCAAAUACACCACAGUUUAUCUGGAAACCUACCCCCCUUUAUCGAUAGAGCUUAAAAUACUUCUUUGGGAAGUCUGAUUUGAGAUCACAGCGGAGAAACUGUUGACAUUGGCCUUGUGAUAUAGCGUAGUGUUGAAUCUCGCAAAGCAGGUUUUACUGGUCAAAAAAAACUUGCCAGACUGACUCUUUCUCUUCCUAUGGAAAUGUUUCGAUUAGAAUCAAGAUGAUAUGAAGAACUGCCUUCUUCCUCUAAGAAAAAUUAUAUAUUUAAGGGUUGGAUGAGGUUUCGUUUCCGUAUCAUUCGUACGAAAACAAAAUUCAAAUAAAGUUAUUGUCGGAUGA